AUGGACCCUGGAGUUCAGGUUGAUAAAGUGUUAUAUGCUCUAGGAAGUUCGGGAAAAUAUCAAAGAAUCCAAUUAGCAUUAUGUUUUCUUUUUACUUUGGAAAACUCAUUUCAUCUUAUUGCAGCUGUUUAUAUUGGAUAUAGACCAUCAUACCAAUGUCAAGACAUCAAUACCACAGCAUAUUUACAGAGAUAUGACCAUAACAACAUUUCGGAUAUAAACGUCCAGUAUGAUAAAUGUAAUAUCAAUAUUUUUGUUAAUUCAUCGGACUAUGAAUACCAAUACACCGAGGGUUGUCUUAAUGGCUACAGCUACAAUAUUCCCGAGGAUCGAUCCACAGUAACAGAAUGGAAUCUUGUUUGUUCUGGAGCAGAGAGAUCUGAACUUGCUAAAACAAUGAUCAUGCUUGGACAAGCUGUCGGUGCCGUUAUUUUUUCACCUAUAGCAGACAGGUUUGGUAGAAAAACUGGAAGUGUCAUAUCAAGAAUUCUUUACUUCUUAACAGCUUUAGCAACAGUUUUCACACCCAACAUUGAAGUGUUCUUACUAUUCAGGUUUUUGCAGGGGACAUUUCAAGGGGGAAGUGUUAUGACGAAUACGAUAAUGUAUAUUGAAAUUAUGCCAAAGGAGUUACGCCAUCGCUCAGAAGGUCUUAUGUUAACUGCAUGGACAACAGGUCUUGUUCUCACAACUAUGAUUGGAUACUUAUGUAGGAAUAUGUCAUGGCGUUAUAUGCAGUUGAUCUUGUCACUUCUAACAUGUCAUACACUUUUUAAUUGGCUUUUUUUAGAUGAAUCACUCAGAUGGCUUAUAGCAAACGGGAAAAGAGACCAAACCGAAAAAGUAUUGAAGAAAGCAUGCAGAAUGAACAAUGUUUCUUACGAAAGUGUAACAGAAAACGUUCUUUUAUCGAAGGAAACUAACAUUAUUGCUCUUGAGGAGACACACGAACUGAACCAUGGAAAAGGGAAUGGAUUAAAAAAGGAAAAAGUCGAGAGAUAUACAGUUUUUACACUCUUAAAACAUAAAAGAAUCCUUCUCGGAUCCGUAGUAUUAUGGAUAGCAUGGAUAACGAAUACACUUACUUACUAUGGUUUAAUGCUGACAACAUCAAAACUUUCUGGAGAUAGAUUUUUGAACAAUGUUAUAUCAAGUCUAGCAGAGUAUCCUGCUGUUAUAUUACAGCAGAUUCUUAUUAACCGGAUUGGACGAAAAUCUACAUUAGUUAUUUUUCAUGGAAUUGCUGGUGUAUCCUUAGUGCUAGCCACCGUUUGCACAACGUACGGAAGUGAAUACUCGUGGCUUCCAAUACUAGGUACUGUAUUCUCCUUUGUCGGGAGAUUUGCUAUCACUGGAUCUUUUAGUACAGUAUUUCUAUAUACACCUGAAUUGUAUCCAACAAAUUUAAGAAAUGUUGGAUUGGGUAUGGCUUCAACUGUUGCUAGAGCUGGAUCAAUGAUGUCACCCUUUGCUAUAACAUUGGCAGAAUAUGUAUCUUGGGGACCAGCUGCAGUGUUCGCUACAAUGAAUGUUAUUGUAACCGUUUCUUUACUGACAUUACCAGAGACAAUGGGUCGAGAACUUCCCACAACUAUAACUGAACUGAAAGAUUGGUAUAAAGACAAGGGUGGCCAUGGAACCAAAUCCAAACAAACACUGACAUCUUAAAUGAUCUCAAUUUAACUGAUAAAAAAUUGUAAUCAGAAGUGCGCGUCAUAUUUUGCACAGAGAGAGAGUUUUGUAUGUGUGUCCUUAUGUACAGUAUUAAUUCAAAAGGAUUCUACAGCUUUCAAAUUGCUACUCUAAUGUUUAAAUUUCAGAUCAGUGACAAACUGGCUUCUAGCCUACUAAUCAUCUAUAUGAAUAUUUAUUACAUUGGUUGCAAUUAAAUUACAUUGAUUUCCCAGUUAAAUAAAAACCGAUAAUUUCACAUGUGAAAUAAUUGUGGUUAUUUCACUCUCUGACGUCAUACAAUUAAAGUCGUUGUCAAGACGUCGAUAACGUCGUAUCAAAACAAAUUGUAAAUGCGUAGGACAAACAUAAUAAUUAUAGUCCCUUACAUUUUCUACAUUAAUAUCAGAAAAAAAAGCCAUUUGAUAAUGUAAUAAAAAGGAUAACUAAUCGCCUUAUUUGAUUGGCAGAAAUAAGACAACUUGUGACCGAACGCCGCUAUGGAUUAAACUCCCUUUGUUAAUUGUGAAUUAUCUCCCUUUAGAUAAAUUUUCAUAUGUAUAAUGUUUGAAUGAGUUUCCAAUGGGUACAUAAAGGUAGGCUAGCUAAAAAUGUACAAUGGCACUCGUUCAAACCAUGCGUCAUUCGGUAACGCGUUGUCUUAUUUUUUUAUAAUCAAAUAAGGCGAUUAGUUAUACUAUAAA